GGUGAAAUGAAUGCGACGUCUCCCGUUUUUAUGAGUUUAAAUCAAAGGAUCGUUUUGUUAUUUUCGAUAUUUAACCGGUUUCAAUUCAAUAACGAUAAUAUGUCGGAUUAUAGACAGCAAGCUUAUAGAACAGAGUGGGAAACAAAAUAGCCCUCCCUCGAGGCGGAGAUUUUCCUUCAUCAUUUUGACGAGUUUGUACGAUAAUUCCCUGCGACGAAUCGGGUAACUCUGAUUUACGUUGUUCUGUCAAUUGUCAGUUCUGUGUUUCUAAUUUAACGCUUCAUGUUAAGCGUUACUUUUGGAGAUUUUGUAAACAAAAUGGGAUUAAUUCCGUAUUUUUACAGUGUUACAAAUAUCUAAUUUCCGGUUUAAAAGGAAGAAUCCAUCGAGAUAUUUAUGUAAAUUAUAUCUAUAAUGUCGAGUGGUCGUGUGGAGAACGAAACUGAGCUAACCUCAACUGUGGGAGAUGUCAUGUCAAUGCCCAGCAAAGAGGAAAAAGGUGAUACCAGCGAUGCUAUGCCCUCUUCAUCAACGGAUGCAUCAACUGCAUCUACAAAACCUCAUUUAGUAACUGAUGAUCCGUGCAGCAGCACUUGUUCAGAACUUGAUCAGAUUAAAACUGCAAUCUCCCAGAUGAGUAGCGGAAUUCCACCAGAAGACUUGCUGGAUAUAAACAUCACUAAUAUCCCCAAUGUAAAAUAACAGAAGACGUUGAAGAUUUGGUGCAUGACUUGGAAAGUCUGCUAGAAGGUCCUUUUCCAGAUGCUCAAUCUGAAGCAAAAAAUACCCAGCAAGUGAAAAAAUUGACUAAAGAAACGAAAAGUAGCAAAGGAACAGGAGGAGAUAAGAUUCAAUCAUCAGAUAACACCAGUCCUCUAAAUGAUUUUGAAACCAUUGAAAAAAUUGCAGAGGCAAUUGAAAAUACAAAACCAAAACGGGUCGAGCCUUUACAAAAAGCUUCUGGAUCAGUUGACCAAACUGCAGCCAUAGUCACAGAACAAAAGCAAGUAGUGAGUACGGAUGUUGCAGAAUUUGGUGAAAAAGAUGGAGACAGUUCUGACACCACUAUUAAAGAGGCUGACAUACAGCAAGGAAGUCUUGAACAACAUAUUGAGGCAACUACUUCAUCAGAAAAUAUUGAUGCUGACGAUGGAAAAUGUGCAGGUGAAGGGUCUGGAGUGCAUGUCGAAAAUCAAACUACAGGUUUACAAAAUGAGGAAAUAUCAUCAGACGCACAACACGACACUGAAGGUGCAAAUAAUGUAAUUGCAACUGAAUUAUCUCUUGAUACUCCAAAGGAAGUUGAUGCAGUUCAAAUUGAGGAUGAAAAGAGUGACUUAUCUACUGAGGUUGAAGUCAAUCAAGUUCAUGCUGAUGUCACUGUAGAACCACUGGUAGAAGAUGUACCAGCUGUUGACGAAACAGACAGAGUUGAACAGCCGGGAAAAGUAUCUACAGGAGAUGAUAUUCCUGUUGUUGAUGUCAUUGUAAAAGUUUCUACGAAUUGUGAAGGUCAAACAGAAAUGCCCAUUGAUGGUGCAACCACUACCAUUGAUAGUAAUGCGGAAUCAAGUGCGAAGGACGGCAAUGUAGUUGAAAUAUCUGCAACUGAAGAGGUUCCUGAAGAUGAAAGAAAAGAAUUGUCUAUACCAGAUCAGAAUAUUGGAGAACAUGCCGCAGAAGAUGAAGAAAAAAGUGAUAAUCCAGUCAUUGAGCCGGUGAAUGAUGAAGUAACAAUUGUUGAAACACCCGAUGAGUCGCCUGAGGAUAUUGCUGAGGUACCUGCACAAGAAAUUACUGUUGAUGCAGAAACUUCAACUGCAAAUGAAGAAAAUGUUCGCACAGUAAAUGAUUCAACUGAUACCGUGGAGAAGACAACUGUAGAAAGUGUAGAUCCACAAUCAGACUUGACGAACACUAAACAAAUCCCAAAGGAGCCCUCUGCUUGUGAAGAAAGUGCUGAAGAAGUUGCACCGGGUAAAAUAAUAGCGUAUGAUGAGGCACAUGAUAAUGCAGCUACAGAAGCAGAUGUUGCAAUUGAAAAUCAAACAGCAAUUGAGCCAGUUGAAGCUGAGACGGAGCUAGUUGAAAUUACUGAGGAACCUGAAGAGACUGAGGCAACUCAAAAUGAGACAGCAAGUGAGAUAGUUGAAGCUAAAGAUACAGAGGUAGCUAUUGAAGAGCCAAAAGAGAGUGAGACAACUGAGAAUGCAGUUGCAGUUGAAAUUGAAGAGAUAGCUGAAAUUAUUGAAGAGCCAGAUAAGGUUGAGGCAUCUCAAAAUGAAACAGCAGUUGAUACAGUCGCAGUCGAUACUGAAGAGACAAGCGUAGUUGGAAUUGUUGAAGAACCAAAAGAGAGUGAGCCAAGUCAAGAUGAAUCAGCAAUCGAAGCAGCUGCAGUUGAAACUGAAGAAACAGAGGUAGUUGAAGUUACUGAGGAGCUAAAGGAGGACGAAGAACUUCCAAUAUCUAGUUCAAGUGAAUUGACAGAAACUAUCGAGUCUGCUAAAAACAUUCCUGUAGUUGAAACUACUAAUGAGGAUAAUGUAGAAUCUGUACCAGAUAAAUCUGAGCCUACCAAGGAAAUGGCAAACAUACAGGCAGAAGAUCUAAAAGAUGAGAGGAUUGAUAGUGCAAAAGAAUGUGAUAUCCAAGGUGAUGUGAUCGAAGAAAUCAACGAUUGCACAUCAUCUGUCGCAGAGGCAGACCCUGCAGUGUCUGCGAACGAAAGUGAAAAUAAUUUGACAGAAGCGACAUCCAUUCCAGAGGAAGCUGUUUCCGAAGACUGUUGCAUUGGAAAUGUUGAGGAAUCUGUCAAGCAAACCACGGAGGUCCCAAAUGAAUGCUCAAGUAGAGGUGUGGAAGAAGUUGCGGAACAGCCAUCACCAGGUGUUGACGUCAAGGCAGCUAUAUAUGAAGAAACUGAAGCUGCUGUUGAUUCAUUGGGGGCAUUGAUUGAAGAAACUAUCCGGGAUACAUCAAAUGCUCCAGAUGAAAGUAUUGAUGAUGCAAAAGGUGUUGAAGAUUUAGAACAAGGUUCUGAUGCAGUUGCUUUAGACCCUGAAGACGAAACAGAAGCUGCUGUCAAAUCUCUGGGUCUAUGUGUUAAUGAACCUGUUGAAGCUCCACCUUCUAUGCCUAUCCAAGAAAUUGACAUAAGUCCUGAAUAUGAAGAAACAGAAGCAGCAGUCGCAGCGUUAACAAGCAACGAACUCCCAUAUAGCGAUUCACCAGAAGUCUUACAAGAACCUGUUGUUUAUUCUGAAGAAACGGAAAUGACAUCUGUGGAUGACACUACUAAAACUCAUGACAGCGAACCUAGAAUAACUGAAGAAAUGAUUGAGAAUCAGGCGACUGCAAGUGCUGUCGAUGAAGUUGAAAGUGAUGUUACAUCUGAUCAGAUCGGACCUAUAGUAUCUAGCAUAUCAGCUGCAGAAGAGGCUAUUAACGCAGAAGAAUCAAGAGCUGCUGUAGAAGCUGUUAUGAGCAUUGCUAAUGAGACAUAUGAUAGCAGCUCACAAAGUACCAUAUCUAAGCCUGUUGAAGUAUCCGACGAUGAGACUUAUGGAAAUAAAGGAGAAAACCCCGAUGAAGCGAUACCAACUGAGAUAACUACAGAGGAAGAAACGCCUGGGAUCGACGCCGUCACAUCAUCUGUUGAAAACACCGAUGUUGAAAUGAUUUCAAUACCUAUUCCAGAUUACAAAUCACCAAAAUCCGUUGGUGGCGCAACAGCCAUGUCACAUGAAUCUGAAGAAGAGAUGGAAGCCCUAGCUUUGGAACCUUCACCUCUUGCUCCAAUUGAGGAAGUUGAAGAACCGGAGGAGAAAGAAUCUCAAGAGAAGAACGAAGCAUUACAUGUUGAUAUGCAACAAAGUGCAAAAAAGCCACCAGAAAUAGAAGCAUUCGAAAAGGCCGAAGCUGAAGCCGCAGAGCUUAAAGCUAAUGAAGCAAAUAUUGAGGCCGUGACAGAUUCGGAUGUGGUACAAGUGGUUGAGAAUAAUGUUUCUGAUAAAGAAGUUAUUGAGGAAAUUAAGAGCACAGAUCUAUCAAAAGAAGCAACCGCAGCUGCAGAGACAAAUAGUAUCGAAAAAGAAAGUAUAGAGAAUGUUAAUUUACUUCAAACUGUGGAAGCAGAGAGCUCCGAAAAAAUCACAAAUAAAGACAAAGAGCAUAAGAAAGCUAUUGAGAGACCUAGGAGAGGUAAGAGAGCGACACCAGAUUCCAAACUGGAAGAAUUGAGUAUCAAUGUUGAUCUUCCCGACAAAGAAAAACCGUAUAGCCCAAAGGUGACCAUUAAACCAAUCAAAGUGCCUGAUGAAGAAAUCAGUACGACUAGCAAUGCGGAUUCAGAAGUAGGAAAAGGAUGUCUUAAAAUGACCAUCACAAAACAGUCUGACAAUACCCAUUCUAUUCUGAAAAUUUGUGAUUCUGAUGCUACUGGUAGUGAAGCAGUACAUGAAGAGGGUCAUAUUCCGAAGCUUAGAAUAAAAUCCGUAUUGCCAUCUGCUGAGCAACAUAGUCCAAAGUCUAAGAAUAAACAGCCGCAUUCACCAACAGGAUCUUCGCAGAAAUCCAGCAACCCACGGGUCACUAUCAAGCCUGUAGUGAAACCGGAAGUAGGUCCUCUGAAAAUCAAGAUUGGCCUGAAGGGAGACGAGAGUACAAAAAAGGCGAGUCCAAAAAUGAAGGCUGCCACAGAUGAAGAUAGUGCGCCGAGCCCUAAGAAAGCAAAAUCUGCUGCUAAGAGCGUUGAAGAGCCUGAGCAACACCAUAGUCCUAGGAUUACGAUUAAGCCUAUACCUAAACCGGAAGUAGAAGGAACAAAGUUGAGAUUGAAAAUGCAUGAAGAGGACGAACAGACUCAAGGACGAUCUAGUCCGAAAAUUACUAUAAAACCUAUAGUGAAGCCUCAAGAAUCUGAAGAAGUUCACGAUGAAGAUGACGGCUCGAAAGAGAGAAUAGUGCUGAAGAUCAACAAAGGAAAUCUACCAACCAAAGAUGAAAAAUCCGAGAAGUUAGCAAAGAUCACUUUGAAGCUGUCUAAAGAGGGCAGCGCCCAUAUUGUACAGCAACCAGAGGAAAAUCAAAAGCGUCCGAUCGACGAGUCUGUCGUGGAGAAAAACAAGAGGCAAAAGACGGAACCAGCAAUGGAGACUCGAUCCAGGCACAAAGGACCAGACAUGCCCGUCGAAUCAUCUAGAUCCAACCCUACAAAACACAUAGACCCAACAGAGUCUCCCAUAGAAGCGAAGAGGUCGAAGUUGAGUCCGUCUCCAGCAAGAGACUCUAGGUCAAAGGAAGUACUCCCACAUGAUGAUGUCAAGGUCAUCGAGGAGCGUAUUGAGUCACCAAUUGUGAUAAGUGAGGAUUCCAGAUCUCAAGAUAGUGGUAGCUGCAUACUGAUAGAAGACACCGCUAGCGAGCACAGUCAAAGGGGUCUCACGCCAGAUAGCGAGAGGAAGAUCGAGGCUGUGAUAGUAGACAGCUCCGAGAUCAACCCGCCUGAGACUAAAAAGAGGGGCCGGCCAAGAAAGCGAAAAGGUGCUCCCGUUGAAACCGUCGAGCACGACCCUCUGCAACAGGUCGAAGAACAAUCUUCUCUCAAUCAGACACCGCCACCCGCACCAAAGCAAACCGCCACGACAAAACAAAUCGCCACCUCCAAACAGAUAGCGGCGGCCAAACAAGCCGCUCAGGCUAAACAGGUCGCCGCAGCGAAGGCAGCUUCUGCUACCAAGAACGUAGCCCCGCCCAAAAACGCAUCUCCGCCCACCAAAGCCGCGCCUCCCGUUCAGGCGGUACACGAAUCCGGCAGGCCAAAACGCAGUUGCAGGGGCCAAUCGGCGAUCGAUGUGCUGGGCAUCAAGCCUAGGAAACCGAGGCAGCCGAGUGCGGCCAAAGGCGGAGGCAAGGGAGGGAAGAAAGGAGCUGCUGAGGUGAAGGACGCGCCAGAAAGCUCAGAACCCAAAACGUCAGUUGCUGCUAGUCCACAGGGCUCUAGUCCAGCUGUGGUUCUUGUUAAAAAUUUAGAGGUUGCGGUUCCAGCUGGAGAUAGGGAUAAAAGUGAACCAAAAUCGCAGCAGGCUGGAAAAAAAGUAGAACCGCCACAAAAACAAAGGAGGAGUGCAGAGCCUACACAGAGACGGUCUGCAGAACCACAACAUGUAGAAGCUCUUCAAAAAACAGAAGAGCCUAUACAUAAUACCAGAAAAAGCGGCACCGCCCCUCAAACAGAAAAAAAGGCAGAAUCUCCACUCAAAGAAAAACGAUCUGAGAGGCGAUCCGCAGAACCAGUGCCUAAGGUAGUACCUCAAAAGGAGGAGCAACUCACUGAAUCUCCUCAAAAGAAAAUAAAACCUACCGAAGUUUCUCCAAAAGAGGUAAAACAAGUUGAUCUUCAACAGAAGUUAGUCAAAGCAACGGAAACUCCAAUAAAAAGAGCAGCUUCUACCGAACCUCCACAUAGACUGAGGUCAGCUGAUGCUCCAGAAAAAGAUGACGUAGCAAAACCCGAAGAACCUCCUAACAAGCAAAGAAAAAUUACUGAUUCUACGAAAACGCUGUCGAAGGAAGUAUCUGUAGCACAAAAACAUAGGACAUCUAUCGAGUCCAAGCUAAUAGAAAAAUUACCUGAAGUAAGUUUGGUAAAGAAAAGUAACCCAAUUGAAACGGAAGCUAAACUCACUGAGGAAGUGAUACACGUAGAAACCACGGAUCCUCCACUAACGCUAACCGAGAAUUUGGUAGAAACCCCGCAGCAAGCAAAAAGCCCAGCGUUAUCAGUGCCUCUCAGGAAGCUGUCAACGGAAACUCCGAAAAGACCGAUUGGAGCUCUUUUCAAAGAACACAGAUCUUUUCCUCUGAGCAAGCCUAUGCUAGUGGACGAAAUUAUAGACCUGGAUCCUGAUCCGCCGGAAGCGCCAAAAGUUGCUCCUGUGGAGAUAGAAGUGCGACCUGUAGAAGUGAAGGUGAGAUCUCAAAUAGCGAGGCGAGGAGGACGGAGGGGUGUCGGUGGUAGAAGACCUACCACAGAGAGGAGGGUUGUAACUGUACCGGAAGUAGAAGAUAAGUCUAGCACAGAAACUACUCCAUUACCCUCUCCUAAACCUCCAUCGGAAAGGACCAGUACCCCCGCUACUCCACAGGCCAAAUCUCCGAAUCCAGACGUGCCGAUGUUAGAAAUGCCCCUACCGGAACUGACAGUGAAUGUAACGGAUAUCGGCCCGGCUAUGGCUUCGACGUCAUCGGCAAACGAUGUGAUAUUGGUGGAUGAAGAGACUAGAAUGAGCGCUGAUACGAAUAGUAGAGCGCAAACACCAGCUAAGCAGGUUGUGUCCGAGGUGAUUACCAUCGACGAAUCUCAAAGCUGUUCGGUCCAGAGCACCGGAAAUAACUCGGAGAGCAGCAAAACGCCGUCGUUCCGAUCGAAUAAGGCUCCUAGAUUAGAGGUCCAAGAAAAUGAAUCCAUGUCCGGCAUCUCUCCAGAUCAGCUGACUGAGUACUACUGGAACGGAAAUGGACCGUUCAUGCUACAAGAGCAGGUGGCACAGUAUCUGGGUAUCAAAUCGUUCAAACGGAAAUAUCCUGGUAUCAUGAGGAGGCCACUGGAUAUUCAGGAGAGGGAUUAUAUUAGGGAGAAGGGUUUAGCCAGUGACCAUAUGUGCGACUUGGGCCUGACAGCUGUCAACGCCGCUGAUAUCUUGGACAUAAUGUAUGCUGACUUCCAAGAUAAAUACGAAGAGUACUGCAAGAACUUGAGGGAUAAGCAAGCGAAGGAGCUGAUAAAUAAGCAGAAAGCAAUGAAUUUGGCGACCAGUCACGAGAAAAGUAAAGCGGAUGUCAUGUCGCAGGCGGUGCAGUCUGCGGCACAGUGGAACACCAACUUCAAUAAGACGAGAAGAGAACAACGAAGAGCUUGCAUGGACCUGCAGACGUUGACUGUGCAUUAUCCAAAAGGAAGAAUGAAGCCAAUCCUGAAUCCAACAGUAGGAAAUUACCCUGUAUCGCUCGUACCGGGACAGUUCGUGGACUAUUUCAAGGAAUUCACACCAACUGAAAUAAACAACCUUCCCCUGAACACGAUGCUGUACGACGAGCUGCACCGAAUCCCGCCCGAUGACUCCGAAGACUCUGGCAGCGAGUCAGAUUCCAGUUCAGGUUCCGACUCCUCCUCAAGCGGUUCGGAUUCAGACUCUUCCAGCGGGGUGGAGGAUUGCAAAUUGUGCAAACACACAGCACUGAAGAAAUCGCCCAACCCUCACGCUACUGCCAGUGCUACACCUGUCAUUGUUUCCACAGCAGUUCCGGUCACAGUCGCCACAGUUAUUCCUGUUACCAAGUGACGUUUUGCGAAUCCGAGACGCUGCUAUGUGGUCACGAAGUGAUCCGAUUACGCAGAGGAGUGUACGGUGAACCGGAAGUGAGUUUUCGGCGCGAGUUAGUCGAGUCGAAAUUAAAAAAAAAAAGAUUUUUGUAAAUUCUAGUAUACUCUUUGUUAUUUAACGCAGAAGCUUCCUCAACUCUUUGAACUGCUGCAAUUUGUCAAAGGUAAUGUUGAUGUAUGAUGUAUGAUGAAUUUCAUUUUGGCAACUUGCAACUCGAAUUUCAUCUUUGCUAAGUAUUUAUGUUCAUUUUAAUCUUUUCGUUUUUUUUUAACUUGCGGCGAUGCGCUGCUGUUUAUUGCAUCUUGCAAUGUGUACUAUGUAAGAUUAUAUAGAUAGGCGUAUUUCGUAGUAAUUAAACUUUAUAUCAAGGAAUAUAUUCAACAUGUACAGUACAGAGAUAAUCCUGUGAUUUUUGGUUAACAUUCUUUCUACAAUAAAGAUUGAAUAUCAAGUAA